AGGUAUAGAUAUGACACAUACUUGCACCUCCUCGACAUGCCUCGUUGUCAGCGUUAAACAAAUGGGACUUAAAUUGCUAUCCACUGCAGUUGUCAAUUAGCUUUCGUGAGGUGCAGUAUCAAAGCUAUUAUCUGGAAAGUCAAAAUAGGGUGAUCUGAAAUGGGAAAAUACACCGAAGAAGAGAGCAUACACAAUUCGACGACCGAAAUUCCAAGUACGCCGAAUAGCGGAGUGACACCAUCCAGUGAGUCACAGGGUGUUCAUGAGAAUGAGAAGAACGUUGUAAACUAUGACACAGCAAAAGAUGGCGUCGCAGUCGAUCCAGACGGGCAACCACGCGAGAAGUGGGGCAAGAAGAUCGAGUUCCUGCUGUCGUGCAUUGCACUGUCGGUGGGAUUUGGAAAUGUUUGGAGAUUUCCAUACACGGCACUGCAGAACGGAGGCGGGGCAUUCGUGAUCCCAUACUUGAUCGUCCUGUUUGUGGUUGGGCGGCCACUGUAUUACUUGGAGAUGGUCGUUGGGCAAUUCUCCAGCCGGGGAUGUAUUAAGGUGUUCGAUUUGUGUCCCCUGAUGAGGGGCGUUGGAGUAGGGCAGACCAUAACAUUGUUCACGAUCGUCGGGUACUACGCAGCAUUACUAUCGUUGGCUGUGAGGUACUUUGUGGACUCGUUCCGUGCUCCUUUGCCGUGGAGUGAAUGUCAACGGGAGUGGACAGACUGCGUGGGUUCGAGUUUUAUUGGGCAAAUCCAUUCCGAUGAACGGAAUGGGAGCGUUGUGCCGUCUGCGGAGUUGUACUUUACGAAGACGAUAAUGAAUAUGCUACCAAACAUCGACAAUGGGAUUGGAGUUCCGGAUUGGAAGUUGGUAAUUUGUCUACUCGUUUGCUGGAUUGCGAUCACGAGUCUGCUGAUCAAAGGGAUCAAGAGCUCCGGGAAGGCUUCGUACUUUCUAGCCAUAUUUCCGUACGUGAUUUUGUUCAUAUUGCUAGUUAGGGCUUGUACCCUGACUGGAGCCCUGGACGGUUUGAAGUACUUUGUGACACCACAGUGGGGAAAACUGCUUGAGCCUACGGUCUGGUACGCAGCCGUCAGCCAAUGCUUCUUUUCACUAACCAUAGGCCUAGGAGCGGUCAUCGUAUUCUCGUCGUUCAACAGCUUCUCCAGCAACAUCUAUCGAGACGCCAUGAUCAUCUCCUGGUUGGACACCUUUACCUCGCUGAUCUCCGGAGUCAUCGUAUUCGGAGUGGUGGGUAACCUUGCUCACGUCACAAAGAGGGACGUUUCCGAGGUCAUGAAGGCAGGUCCUCAGCUGGUAUUUGUCAUCUACCCGGACGCGAUCGCCAAAAUGGACUUUGUUCCGAAUCUGUUUGCAGUCAUGUUCUUCCUAAUGUUUAUCCUGCUAGGUUUGGGCACCAACAUGGGAGUUGUGACGGCUAUAAUGACAUCAAUCAGGGAUCGCUACCCACAUGUUCAGACCUGGAAGGCAGCAGUGGGGAUCGCCGUUGCUGGGUUCAGCUAUGGAUUGGUGUUCAUAACUCCGGGUGGUCUCAACGUACUGGACGUGAUAGACUACUACGGUGUGACGUUUCCCACCCUAACGUUGAUCAUUCUGGAGGUGAUCACAUUCUGCUGGAUCUACGGAGUUAAUCGAAUAUGCGUGGACAUCAAAUUUAUGCUUGGAAUUAAGACGGGAAUUUUUUGGAGGGUUUGCUGGGGAUUCCUCACUUUGUUCAUAAUAGUUGCCAUCUUUAUACUAGAAGCGAGUAGAUACAAGCUGAUGGAGGUUCCGAUGGGAUAUAAUGUUUUUGGAUGGUGCCUGUAUUCGUUCACUGUGCUACAAACCGUUGGCUGGGGCUUCUAUGCAAUCUACAGGCAAUCUGGGAUGCACGGUGCGCAAAAAAUCGUACAAUCAUUGAAGCCAACCCCGGACUGGGGUCCCGAAAGUGUCAAUCUUCGGAAGGACUACUACUCAGAGCUUGAGAAAUACCAGAAUUCCACAUGUGAAAAUCAAACUCCCAUGCUGAGGGUGUACAGGAGAAUAUUCGAGUGA